CACAAAGGUUCUUUUGCUUUUCAGGUAAUACACUGACAUUCUGAUAUGUCGAGUGGUUAUAUACUACACAGAAUUGAUGAUUUCCAUCCAGUCCAUGCCGCAUGACGAUCUCGUAGUUUGCAUGAUUGAGUGUCAAAGAAAAGACCAUAUGAUUUAUUGUGCAACUUUCAGCGAUCCGGUUGCCAGGAGAUACGUUGAUAUAUAAAGCACCCAGUACAUCCUUUCAUUGCGCCCACAUCUGCAAUGUUUCUUGUGUUGGCACGCGAAAUUCGGGAUCAGAUCUACGACAAGUUGCUGCUUGCCCCCAACGAAACUCCUCCAGAACCUUCAGAGCGAAUAACUCUCCAAUUGACGAGUCGUCCUUGGAGACAGAUCCCACUGGCUAGAGGUACCUGCGUUGGUCUCAUGAGUACAUGCCGGCAGGUGUACUGUGAAAUCAUCGCGUCGAUAGAAAGGCACGGUGGUUUAUCCUUCGAACUCCAACUCAAGGUCAACAGGAUACCACAGGGUUUUGGUUACGAGCAGAUACUACCGAGAUGGAUCCGCUUCCCUUUACUCGUGUAUCCAAAAUCUCUUGAACCUCGAAUUGCAGCGUCCGCUACGAUCCCAAACUCGAAAUGUCGAAAAGUUUAUCUGUCAUUCGAGAUACAAUCAGAGAACAGAUUUUCGUGGUGGGGCGACGGGGGCCCGACAUCUCUUACUACAACUCUGUUCAACAUGCUGGCCGCAUUUCUGUUACAUGGUCCAUUGGGUCUACACCAGUCGAUUUCGGCAGAAUCCGACAUACAAACGAACAUGUGGGAUAUAGAUACUCUGGUUGUAGAUGUAAUUGGUGGAGGAACGGCAUUCGAAGAUCCCGAUAGCGGCCAGCUGUGUACAGUACCGGAGACUGUUGUGACGGACACCCAGCGCCAACUGUAUAUGCAAUUGAGGAAGAUAUGCAGGAGCGGUGCUUUGGCUGGGCGGGUCAGGGUUGUAAUACUCAGCGUGGCUGGCGAUAUUAAGAACGAGUGGUUGAUCGAUCAGGGCAAAAAAAUUUCGGUGAAGCUUCGAGAUCAAUGGGCGCGGUAUGGAUGGAUUAUCGAGAAGAAAGAUUUAGAAAAGUCUUGAACUCUUCGAGCGCCUUUUAUCAUCCAAUGCGUGAGGGAGCUAGUCUUUCCGGAAGUUGCAGUACAUAUGUACAUCGUUCCAUUACCGAAGAAUUCCAUCGACUGUG